CGCAGUAGGGCGGAGCUCAUGUGUUCGGGUCUGCAUCCACUUGGCUAGGGUCCUACAGGCAGCCUGUGGCUGAAAGUAACUGUCAAAUGCGCGGCUCCUUUAAUGAGAGCGAUCAGUCUGGUUCCGAGACUCAUGGCGACUACAGCGUCUAAUCAUUACAAUAUACUCACCUCCAGCGCGUCUAUCGCGCAUUCUGAGCCGGGGAGCAUGCAGCAAGCGACGACGUACAGAGAUGGACAGAGCCUGCUGCAAAGUGACUACGCACUGCAGGCUAACAGUCACCCGCUCAGCCAUGCACAUCAGUGGAUAGCCGCACUGUCACACGGUGAAGGAGCCCCGUGGUCCUCCGGCACCAUCAGCGAUCCAGACGUCAAGCCCGCCGUGCAGAGCGCCAGGGACGAACUGCACAGUUCCAGCAGCCUGCAGCACCAACCGCGGCACCCUCAUCUGGUACACCAGCAGCACGGAAACCAUCUAAACGCAAGAGGAUGGAGAACGACCACAUCUUCUCACACACAGAGCAUGGCUACUAAUAAUAGCCAGAGUCUGAUAUAUGCUCAGUCCGGAUUCCCCAUCAACGACUUGGUUACCGGCAGCAGACAGCCAAUGCACCGGCACACCCUGAGAGACACCGAGGAGGACCACCACAGCCCGCUCAUCAGUGACCAGGGCCACCCGGCGCCGCAACACCAGCACGACCACUCGGAUGAAGACACACCAACCUCCGAUGACUUGGAGCAGUUUGCCAAGCAGUUCAAGCAGCGCAGAAUCAAACUGGGCUUCACGCAGGCGGACGUCGGCCUGGCUUUGGGAACCCUUUAUGGAAACGUGUUUUCACAGACUACGAUCUGCAGGUUCGAGGCCUUGCAGCUCAGUUUUAAGAACAUGUGUAAGCUGAAACCUUUGCUAAACAAGUGGUUGGAGGAGGCAGAUUCCUCCUCUGGGAGUCCCACCAGCUUGGACAAGAUUGCGGCGCAGGGGAGGAAGAGGAAAAAACGAACUUCCAUCGAGGUAAGCGUAAAAGGAGCAUUGGAGAGUCAUUUCUUAAAGUGUCCAAAGCCCGCGGCAUCAGAAAUAACCGCACUGGCGGACAGUCUUCAGCUGGAAAAAGAAGUGGUGAGAGUUUGGUUUUGUAACCGAAGACAGAAAGAGAAACGUAUGACGCCCCCCGGAGGACCGGUACCAGGAGGAGAGGACGUAUAUGGGGACACGCCGCCUCACCACGUGGUCCAGACAUAAGUUCAAUGAAACAGCAACGGAACGUCUUGAACUUUGUUGACUAUGAAACCUUUCGUUUCCUCUCUAAUUACUUACUAAGCACCGGGCUGCUGUGGGCGAUACUGUGCACUUAUAUUUGGCCCAUCAGGCGGAAACCGCAGGCGAUGCAGUGAGUAUAUUAACACUGACGGCAGGCCUGGGAGGGGAAGGACUGUCCUUAAAGCGGAGAAGAAACUCUCCGGUACACGCCCAGCACUGUGACACUUCCGUAAAGUGUGCUCCCACAUUUUGGGGGAACCAGCUCAUUAUGGGUUACACUGACAAUAACAUUACUGGAACCAGAAGACUUUUGUAGAAAAUACAGAGAAACACUGAAUGGUUUCUAUUAUUUUUGGAUAGUUUCCAUGUCCUUGAUAUGAUAGACGAAGACUAAGAAUUGUAUUCAGUAAUUAAACGCCAUCUUUACCUUCUCAUCGGGAGCUGAAGGGUUGAGUGUCGGCUAUGGUAUUGGUUACUUGUCCGUCUCGAGACAUAAUGAGUCACGCGUAUUUAUUAUUAUUAUUAUUAUUAUUAUUAUUAUUGCUACUACUACUACAUAGUAUUUUAAUAAUAGUUGAAUCCAUUCAAUACAUGCUAGACAAUGUUCCAUUAAAACAAUUCAUGUUUAUGUACAGCCUGGUACGGAGUUACCAAGGAGAAACAGAUGCGCGUUCCCGAUUUAAGGACAUCAGAGCGCGCAGUACACAAAGACGCACAGCAGCAGCUUGCAGAAAGGGCACGGAGGGGCUGUCUGGCUACUGAGACCGGACACUUUUUACCGAUAUUUCACCUCAGACGUCUGACAGAACACCCCGCUCACCUGUAAAUAUGUCACAGUUCAGUUUCCUUCACAAUGGAGUGCUUUCCUUUAAACGAUUUCUAAAACAAAACAGGUUUUAACUGUUUAAAAUUAUUUUUUUAUUCAGAUGAUUUUUGCAUAACUUUGUAUUGCAUUUAAUACAUGAUGCUUUUAUUUAAAGUAACCUAAAGCAGGAACAUUGCUCACUGUUUGUCACACUCAUAUCUCCAUAUGAGGUGCUGCUGGUGUUUUACCUGAGUUCUUUUAUGGAGACUAAUUGUCUCGUUGUUUAUGACCUUGUCUUUCGAGUUCAUGCUGAGUGGCCGUCAUUGUCGCCGGCUGUUAAGAAAUUAUAUGAAGAUAAAACAUGUGGGUGUUUUAUUGGGGUAGACUACAGCUUAAAAACGAACUUAGAGUUUCACUCUAUUUAAAAAAAUAAGCAACAUAAGCUCCCAAACACCUAUAGUUUUAAUAAGGUGCGUCUUAUUUCAAUACAUUUUAAUUUGGAUCGAAAUUAAUUUAUUGACGUAGCAGAAAUCUGUCGUAUGGUUUAUAUAUAAAUAAUGCACCAUGAAUCAAUAUUGCUUUUCGCGUUUUUCACAUUCAUAUGGAAUAAGCAAGGUCACGUUUUUCAUGCUGUUUUUCCAGCUCGCUUAGAAGUUAAAAAUCAGUCGCUCGCAGACGCAAUGAUAAAGUUUGUGUUUGAAGGUUACGCAGAUUCAACAGUCGUCCUUCGUUGUUCUUUGUACUUAUGUGACUUUAAACACGGUGUUUUAUUAUUCUGUGUGUGUACAUGCUGCCCAGAGAAACGUGGUGACAUCGUUUAGGAGUUGCCUGCUUUUUGGUACCAAUAAGCCAACGAAAUGGACUCCGUGCCCACUCUAUCAGUAGCUUUAAUUAAUGGACUAAUUAACUGCCUGAGAAACUGUGAUAUGUUUUCCGUUUUUUGUUUUCCUGUUUGUCACAUUCUGUUUGAUUUGGAUAAACUUGCGGGGAAAUAAAACAGACACAGAGGUAACAACAGGCUAAUGUUUCGGCAAGAAUUUAUUCAAACAAACGAACGAUUGCGCGUCUGAUUUUGCCCAUUACAACAGUGGUCUAUUCAUGGUUUAUAUUUGUAUUUUCUUCAACAGAAAUC